AAAAGAUGAACAGGACCUCAGCGUGCUAACUCUGCGUUUCCACUACCGGCUCCGCACCUCCACUGCAAAGACCGAAGGACCUCCGAUCCUACAACCUCCAACCACCGAGCAACAAUGAAGAGUCCAGCAUUCGCUUUCCGUUCCUCGUUCGUGCUUUUCCUGGUGUUAGCGGGAAUGCUAAUUUUCCUAACUACUUCUACGUGCUACGCCGCUCCCCAUAAUUCCAGAUAUAUGGGGUACUACGGAUCGAACCAGGAUGGACAGAAUCCUGAAUACCUGCUGCAGACCCUCGCCAGGAUAAGGCAGGCCAUUAUUGCCGAGGAAGAUCUCGAGAACUCCAAACGUGGAUUGGAUUUGGGUCUGGGCCGCGGUUUUUCCGGAUCCCAGGCUGCCAAACAUCUGAUGGGUCUUGCCGCAGCCAACUUCGCCGGAGGCCCAGGCAGAAGGCGCCGAAGUGACGAAGACGCUUAAGCAGCAACAAGAACGUACAUAAACACAACAUAGACACAAACACACACACACACAACAAACUAGGAAAUAAACAUCGCAGCACAAUUAUAUUUAUUCCUCCUUAAAAAUUAUAAUAAUACUUCACAUUCCCAAAACUAUCCUGAGCAUCGUAUAGUUCCUAAACCAGAAGUAUCCGAAGUAGUUUAAAGAGUAGUGUAGUAGGCAUGUAUCGGAAACCCGCUUUCACCUAAGUUCCUUUAGUUCUCUCGAUCCCCAAAACCCUAAGUUACGAGAAUUAAGACUUAUGUUAUUUGUUUUUUCGCUUCGGUACUAAAUACUCAACGGCUGCUAAGACACGUAGUGAACUCCAAGUUAGAGAUAGAAUUUACUGAAUAUAAUGUAUUUAUUGUACAGCAGCAGGUUUAGUUUAAAUAAAAAUUGAGAAUUAGAAGUAAUCGGCAUGCAA